AACAGCCCGAGCCAGCCGGAAUUCCCUUUCCACAUCUUCGUUUUGGCAUCAUCAUGGCUGGAGAUCCUCGUGAGACGUGGGCUAGGCUGCAGCAGUCGCUGCAGCAGCAGCGGGCAAAAGGCGGAUUUCCGGGAGGGGGCAGCCCAAGAAGAGCUUUUGGGGGUGCUGGAGCCUUGAUUGCAGUUGGAUUGGGGGCAUAUGUUUUCAUGAAUUCCCUCUUUAACGUUGACGGUGGUCAUCGAGCAAUCAAAUAUACGAGAAUAGGCGGCGUGAAGAAAGACAUCUAUAAUGAAGGAACCCAUCUCCGGAUUCCGUGGUUUGAAACUCCUAUCAUCUACGACGUUCGCGCGAAGCCGAGAAAUGUUGCCUCCCUCACAGGUACCAAGGACUUGCAGAUGGUGAACAUCACCUGCCGUGUCCUUUCCCGCCCAAGAGUCGAUGCCCUACCUCAGAUAUACCGUACCCUAGGGACUGAUUUUGAUGAGAGAGUUCUUCCAUCGAUCGUCAAUGAGGUGCUGAAAGCUGUAGUGGCUCAAUUCAACGCCAGCCAACUUAUUACACAGAGAGAGAACGUCGCCCGUCUUGUUCGCGAUAACCUUUCAAGACGCGCUGCUCGUUUCAACAUCGUUCUUGAUGAUGUUUCCCUAACGCAUCUUGCGUUCUCACCUGAAUUCACCGCCGCUGUGGAAGCCAAGCAAGUUGCUCAACAGGAAGCCCAGAGAGCUGCAUUCGUCGUCGACAAAGCACGUCAGGAAAAACAGGCAACCAUCGUGCGGGCGCAGGGUGAGGCGCGGUCCGCUCAGCUGAUUGGAGAUGCCAUCAAGAAGAGCAAGAGUUACAUCGAGCUGCGCAAACUUGAAAAUGCCCGGAACAUUGCAACGAUUCUACAAGAAUCUGGUGGAAAGAACAAGCUGUACCUAGAUUCAGAAGGCUUGGGACUCAACGUCAAUGUCAAGCCCGACUCCUCUGAUAGUUAAAGAAUCGCAGAAUAAUAAGCGGAGUGAUGAGGGCUGCAGCGAAACCCUUUUAUUGUGAUAAGUGGCAUUGGCUUCCAGCGUUAUCGAAAAGGCAUAAGAUUUCUGAAUUGACAUGUGGCGGUGGGAUAGAAGUGACCAUUCUGAUCACUGCACUUUUGCUCCCAUAACAUUCCACUAGGUUCCAAAAUGUCGAAUGCCCGCAGGAGGGGGUGGUCAUGUAUGAAUAUUUUAGCUUCCCGCUAUAUUUUUCCUGUAUUUCCGUUACUAAUAAACUGUUACUACUACUAACAUGGACACCGAAUCCAAAAACAUAAAAGAAAAAAAUCAAUCAUCUCCCAUGUCAAAAACACUCGUUACGAUAUACUGUUUCUUGAGCGUCUUAUCAAGUAUGCCUUCCUCGCCCACAGAAACUCUGCCUAGACGCUUCAUUCGUAACUGCUGUGUUGUUCAGUGAGGGAGAAUCAAUCACACAAAAAUCAAAAAGACCUAGUACGUUGUAUGGUUAUCCUUCCCGUGCCGGACUAAAAGGCAUUGAGACAUUGCCUGCGUCGAGAGUUUGAGUUAUAAUUAUCAUUAUUUUCGGCACAUUUAUGCUAUAAUGCUAUAGUUAAUAAAACUAUGUACAGAAAAAAAAGUUCCAGACUGGUUGGAAGGAGCACAAAUUCCCAAUGAAGGCAAAAAAGUUUUGAUCUCAAU